UUUAUAUCAUUCUUCUACAUAUCUUUAAUAUUAAUAUUAUUUUCGUACUAUUUCCAUUUCUAAUUUUCCGUAUCUCUAUUAAUAAUUUUCUGUAUUUUUAGGCAAUUGCUGGCUUUUAUCACUGAUGUUUUCUGAGAUUUUCGAGAAUCUAGCAAUUUUUCUAUCUUGAUUUUAUGAUGAUCACCGAUGAAGAUCUCGCGCAGAUAGUGAGUGACGUCUCUCAAAGCGUCUUGACCACUAUUUCGCUGGCUCAGCAAGAUAAGAUUCUAGACAAGAUCGUAAGAAUCGUGAAAACCUCGACGAGAGAGCAAUUGCAGUCCAGCCAUCCUCAAAUGCUCAUUACGAGUAUGCUGAGGAUCUUGUUGCGUUACGAGAAUUUGCUGCAUACAAUCGGGCUGUGCGAUUGGAAGCGUCGUCGGAGGUUCAAGAUCGCCCGCGACUGCUAUAACUCUCUGCUGCAAGGUUACUUGCCAGAAAGAUCGCGGGACGUUGUGGAGACGAUUGUGGAGAUCAUCCACCGCGACCGGCUCUGGGAAUUCGAAACUUUCUGCUUUGAGCUGAUGUACAGCCUAGUAAACGUCAAUCCGGCCAGCGGCGGGCUGAUCAUUCACGCGAUCUGGAACAAAUUGUCAUUGCCGGAGAUCACUAUCGAAGAUGCCCGCGCCAUGAUCAGGAUGCUGUACGAGCUAUUGGAUGUGUACGAGUGGCCGGCGACGCAAGAAACGGUCGCGGCGGUGGAGAAGAUGCUCAAUCUCUUUUACGCUAGUAUAACAGCACGAUUGACGGCGACACCCAACUCUUCCAUCUCGGAGCUGCACACAAGUCUCAAGAAGGGCCUGGAGGUUUGCCUCAGGAACACUAUAAAGCAUUUGCCGAAUGAUCAGGUGCUGAUAAUCGUGCAGCAUAUGUGCUUGUGGACGGUGGCCGCCAGCGCAACUGACGAGAUUGUCCUGGAGUUCGGCAGUACUCUGGAAUACGCCGCUUACACGCAUCGGGCGGGCCUUUACGAGCAGACUCUCACGCCGACGAUAUUUCCGCUGCUGAUGCGAAUGGUAGGAUCUGCCAGUCGACUGACCAGUCUAUUGGGCAAUCGAGUGUUUCAGUACCUAUUGGAUCGCAGGAACAAUCGUGCAAUCUUUGAUACGCCCAGGAUCUUUUUCGAGAAGACUCGUCUCAAUCUUCGCAUCGCAUACUGUCGUGAGGAGGACCGGAUGUUCUUCAAAUUACAUCGCGAAUUAUUGCACGACAGUCUACUGACAAGUCUGGCGAAUCAUUCGGAUUCACGGAUGAAUCUAGAAAUGACAUAUUGCACCUUGUGCCUGAUCGCCAUCGAAGUGCCAUGCGGCUUCACAGCCGCUGCCUUGGUUUGUCUCUCUAUGAAUCUACAAGAGGUCGUUCUGCAGCAGCAGGACUAUCGUCUAGAAGUAGCCUGUCACAUACACGCUACGAUCAUCUUUAUCAUGUCGUUUAUCUGUUGGCUACACAAUGCUAAAGUAUUUUACGAUUACGUAAACAGAAUUGUAACUGAAAGGGCGCAAUGGGCGCCGCACUUAAAUUCUCCCAUCCAAUCUCAGUACCACUUUGCUGUGCAUCAUGUUCUCUGGAACAAGCCGGAAUUGUUCUUUGUUGAUUGGGAGGCACGCUACGGCCUAUGGAAAUGUUUCCGUUUAGUUGAAAGUCCUGACAGGAUUAUUGAUCGUCUGACAUGAACUGACAUGAAUACAUCCAUAAAUAUUGGAUAAAACAAAGGAUUUAUAAAUGGAAGAGAAUCCAAAGGAACCAAGGAUUUAGAUCCAAUUAUUAUAGGUUCAAUUAUUUCUAUACAAUUGAAUAUUUCAUAUUUAAAAAAUCUAUGGGAUCAAGGAUCUAAUAUAAAUUCAAAAAGCCAUGAAUUAUUCAAGUUAAGGUAAUAUAUUAAAAAGUGGCGACGCCAUUGCGCGAGAUCGCGCGCCGCCAUCUCGGGGCGCGCCAGAGAUCGCAUGAUUUAUGGCGCACUGGGGUUUUGUAAUUUCGCAAAUAACAAAGUGACUCAGACCUGUCG